UGCAAAGUCCUCGGUCCAACCCCGCUGUGCCGGAGGCGAGAAUCUUUAAAAGCCGCACGACAAAUGUGCAAACACGCCCAUUCUCCCACAAUGCACCCCUUACUCUUCAUAUCCGUCCACAACACUCUUUGAGAUGUCGUUUCUCAUUUCCUCGCUCCUCUGGGCGCUCUUCGUCGCCCUCCUUCGCGCUGUCCAGGUACCUCCGCUCGAUGCCAAGAAAAGGCUAGAUAUCAUCGUUUACAUCGUAGCGUUCCGCUGGACAUUGUCAUCCGGAGCCGAGAUCUGGCCUCUGACCUUCUGGUUUCUCUCCGUUCUCAUCGCAAUGCGUGGCCCGAGCAUGUUGACCACGGUUCUCUGGCGUCUACACUUUCUGCUGGGCACGCAGAUUAGACCCGAUGGCAUACAUUUCCCCGGGUUCUCGGUCGGUCCGUAUCUGGCGGCCAACUUGAUAUACGGCAGGAUGCUGCUCACGGCGAUAUUCUACAAUGGGCCGCCUGGUGUGAUAGCGAUGGUUACUACUGUUUUCUGCUUGCGCCAUUUCAUGUACCCUUAUAAUAGCGACUUCGAUUUGAGCUGGGCUUGUGCUUGGGGUCUUGUUCACAUGGCUUGCGUCUAUGCCAUGGCCCCUGGCAUGCAGCUGUAUUGGUAUGGGAUGUGGUAUGGGAUUAUGGUCACAACAGCUGCUCAUGUACGGCCAGAUCAGUCAAAAGCACGUAUGAUCUCGUGGGCAGUUUUCAUCAUCGCCUUGCGGGCAUUGGUAUAUUUCCUUUAUGGAGUCUGGCUGACGGGCGAUGUGCAUGUGAACUCCUUCUCUUCCAAUUCUCUUGUCCGGACGUGGAAGUUGAGUAGCCCAGUAUGGCACCCUCUUAGUGCAAGGGAUCCGCAUCUCCAAGACCAUCCGAAUCUAUGCAAUGUAUGUGACCAGAUGACGAGGAAAUCUGCCCUUAUUAUGGGUUCGUCAUUAUAUCUUACAAAGCUGGCGGAAUGGCACCCGUAUUGGAGCAGGACAGAAAUGUGUCUCGCAUUCGCUUGUGAAGCUGCUCACGAUCAACAAAAUAUGGCCAGCCACGAAUCUAGCCCUAAGGGUUGUGGCUUUUGCUCUCUUAUAUGGCAUUCAAUGAGUCUGAAACGGCGAAAAAGUAUUGUCGAGGCUACACUUGGUAAGAGGGCGGACCACAGUACAAGCCCAUACCUACCUUUACCCACAGAUCUCAACAGUGGUUUAAAGUUGAAAGUCUGGGAAGAGCGGCCACUGUCUCUAUACACAUACGCUCAGCUUUAUUGGGGUGAUAUUGCGAUUGGCGCACGUCUCUUGAUUCAUAGGCAGAAGCUGUUUGCAAAAGCAUCCCCGGCCAUAGAUGAGAGUCAGACGAACUCCUUGCAGCAUUUCGAACAGGCCAAAGAAUGGAUCAAGCUGUGUAAGGAAAAUCAUGCGCUCUGUAAUAGCAUUGGUGGCAGUAACCAAGAACUCCCAAGCCGUCUCCUCUAUGUGCAUGCAGGGAAAGAUUGGCAACCUGGAGAUCCGCCAUCAAUACUCAAGUUGGUUCGUACAGGCAACCUGGACAAGCGGCCUGAAUACUUGGCUUUCAGCCAUUGCUGGGGUGAAACAGAAGGUAUGCAGUUCAAACUUCUCGCCAGCAACAUAGAGCGCUGCUAUGAAUGUAUAGACUUCAAGUGUCUCUCGAAGAAUAUACAAGACGCCAUCACCACGACACUCUGCCUUGGCAUAUCCUCUUACAUUUGGAUUGAUUCUUUGUGCAUCAUCCAGAGAGACGAACGUGAACCCAACGGGGAUAGAACCUGGGAACUUGACUGGGAAGCUGAAGCUAGGAAAAUGGGAGGUGUGUACUCGGGUGCUACACUAACGAUCGCGUCAACGGGUUCAUCAUCGAGCGACGGGGGUUGUUUCCACUCUCGGAACACGCGGAGUCUUAGGCCGGUUAAGAUCGGCGUCUCGAGUCGUACUUCACCAGAUGCUGACUGGAUCUUUGCGCGAACUGACGAUAUCUUCGACUUUGAACGUAAUGUCAAUCUUGCGCCGCUGAACACUCGUGGCUGGGUGAUGCAGGAGCGAUUGUUGUCCCGCCGCAUUUUACACUUCGGUGCCGAGAUGAUUUACUGGGAGUGCCGUCGACGCUCGGCCUCGGAGUUCAACCCCCACGGCUAUAUGUAUAAGUUGUACCCCGAGGAUUUCAGGGAUUGGUAUGUACCUGAGAUUAAAACGAGUAAAACUCGCAGGGAAAUUGAGCAAGGGGAAAGAGAGGGUCGCGGCGUCUCAUGGGCAAGCUCGGAAUCGGUGCGCCGGCGUCCGCCGCCAGUCCUAAUCGACCCAGACAACGCGACGGUUUCCUCCAGUGCACAAAACGGAGUAUGGCAACGUAAGCGGGGCUUCUGGAAAGAUGUAUUGAAAAGAGCCGACGAGCCGUGGUCACAAGAUGAGAACAUCGAAGAGAAAGGACCUCACAACCAUGCCGGGUUCAGGGCUAUCUUUGAAGCUCUGCGAUCUAAUCAGCUCGACCAACAUAAUCCAUAUGCAUGGGCAAUGCAGAAUCAUUCUGGUGCGACGAAAAAGUACCCUCGACAGGCAAGCGAGCCCUUUGUAGGAAGAGAUAGCUUCAGCCAGAUGUGGUACGAUAUUGUAGAGUCGUACUCUCGUGGUAAGCUAACUGUACCUGCCGACAAACUCAUCGCAUUGAAGGGAAUCCAGGACAACAUUGCAUACGCUACAGGGUUUACUUAUAUUUGUGGACUAUGGCGCGAAAGCCUCGUUACAGAUAUGCUGUGGUUUGCGAUCGAGGGUCCCGGAAAACGGCUUCGAACCAAUAUGGACAUCCCCGUAGCACCGACGUGGUCAUGGGCAUCUAUUGACGCACCGGUGGCCUUGGAUCUUCUUCCAGAGAACUCGCGAGGCACGAUCAUACUGAUGCAGCAACUAGUGACCAUCUUGGGCUUGCGUGUCAACAGCGAAAUAUGUCCAGCCAUGGAUGCCGCAUAUGUAGGACUACCCGCCAUAGAACUCUGCGGCUGGACAUUCCCAAUCUCCCGCCGCUCGCUAGAUGUAGAUACCAAUUCUGACGUCUGGGAGAUCAGUGUUGGUAAAGUGAAAUCAAUGUCGGCAAAGGUGUUCUUCGACACUAAUUCUCAAGAUAUACGUCUCCAAUCAAGUCUAACGUGCAUGCCAUUUCUCAUUCUACAGCGGGGGGAAGCAAACACCCUCGGUUCUUCUUGCACCAAUGAUGUCCAGGGUUUGGUGUUGCGAAUUAUCAGAAUUGGAAAUAGGUACAACGAGUUCGAUGUGUAUGAGCGGCUCGGGUACUUCACCACCAGGUAUAUGGAACCUUCGCCCGGUUUUGGAGAGAUGCAAACUACUUUCAAAGCUCGAAAGGACCAAAGGAUUUUCUUGGCGGGUUAGAUUAUGCAGCUAGCUUGAU